UCUUCCCGGCGUAAAGAUUUGAGCUAAUCUACUCCUCUGAAAUUGAUAUUGGGGUUAGGAAAUUCUUCCCGGCGUAAAGAUUUGAGCUAAUCUAAUUUGUAGUUAUUUUAUUCAGUUCGUGAUAUUUUUUACUUGAACAAUCAUAGAUGACUGGUGGUGAAGAAUUUAAAAAACCUUUGAAUGAAAAGUGUUGAGGUUGUUUUGAUGGUGUUUUAGAAUGGUGAUUAACAAAUGGGCUGUAAUAAUUUGUGUGAUAGCUUUCUCUGCAAGUGAUUUUGUGGUGUUUGCUGCCGUGGAGAAAUCUGUAGCAGCUGAUACUUUACAACAAGAAACGGAACGUUCUGAGGAAUCUGGUUCGGAGGAAGGAAGGGAGCUGGUGCAACUGCAAAUUCUCUUCCGCCAUGGAAUGAGAGCACCUGACCAAACAUUCCCUGGGGACUUAAAUCCAAUAGACGUAUGGAGAGAAGGAGUUGGUCGCUUAACACAACACGGCAAGUACCAAAUGUAUUGUUUGGGGAGGCAUUUGAGAUGGCUCUACCGCAAUUUUAUUACAGCAAGCCCGGUCGAAGUGGAAGUGUUGAGUUCGAAACGCAACCGGUGUUUGUUGAGCGCGUUGUGUCUCGCUUCCGCCAUGUAUGAGCCGACAGAAGAAUGGGAAUUUUUACCCAAUUUUCGCUGGCAGCCCAUCCCGGUGCAGUUCAUAGCCCACGGAAAAGAUCCGUAUUUAGGUAAAGUUUUUGACUGCCCAGCAGCGCAGAGAGAAGUUGAAAAAAUGCACGAGUCCCCGGAAGGCAAGAAGUUUUUGAAUGAAAAUAAGGAAUUGUUUGAAUACUGGGCUAUGCAUAGUGGAUUGAAAGUAAGGAGCUGGAAGGAUGCGGCAACACUUUUUGAUGCACUAAAUAUGGAGAAAACUUACAACUUCCUUAUUCCCGACUGGGCGGAAAAGCAUUGGGAGGAGCUUCGCUACGUAAAUGAUAUGUCUUAUUAUCUCUCUGGAAGAACGAAAAAAUACCAGACUCUUCGAGCAGGUCCUUUGCUUGGCAUGAUAAGAGAUAAGUUUGAAAACACAGUUAAUGGAACUUUGCUGAAAAAAGUUUCUUUGUACUCAGGACACAGCAAAAAUAUGGUAGCAGUGUUAAGCGCUCUGGAUGUUUUCAACAUGAAAGAGCCCCCCUUUGCCGCAACAGUCAUUUUCGAACUGUAUAGAGAACCUGGCGGCCACAGUCACAGUGUUCGCCUCUUGUUUCUCAACUCCACCACCCCCGAAGCGGAGGAUCAAACGCCGAACGUUCUAAACAUUCCCAAGUGCGGAGAGUUCUGUCCGUUCGAAAUGUUCAGCACUAUCGUGAAAAGCUUCACUCCAGAGAACUGGGAAAAGCAGUGCAGAUGAAUUUGUUUUUGAGGAAGGAUUUUUGAAUUCAUGUGGUGGCGCUCUGUGUCAUGAAGUUCCUUCGAACAAAGCGUUUUUCGAAAAUGGGGUCGUUUCCAAAAUUUUAAAAGUAGUUUUUUCUGAAAAAGCAUGCUUAAAAACAUAGAAUCUGACUAUUUUUUAAAUAAUUUGUUUAAAUUUUGUAUUUAAAAAAAAGUUACUUAAAUCGGUUUCGCUUUCAUUCUUUACGCUUCUGCCGAUGACAUCACAAAUGAUGAAAUACCAUUAUUCUGUGUUGCCAUUCACAGAGCAAAAUAUUUAAUUCACAUAUUUACUCACUUGUAUUGGCAACGAUAGGGUUGAUAGCAAGCGUAGGGCGCAAUUUUAACUCACUUCUUGAUUAUCAUAACAUGGAAACGUGGUAGAAAGAUGCGCCAAAGAGCAUCAUUUGUGACGUCAUCAAGACCGCGCCUUGUUUGAAAAAUCAGACAUUUAAAAAAAUUAAUUAAAAAAAAAAAACUAUUGAGAAUAUCCAAGUAUUUUCUGGGUCCAUGUAUUUUCUUUUAUUUAUUUAUUUAUUUAUUUUUUGCUUAUUCUAUCAAUUUCAGUGACAAAAAGUACUACUUUUGACUGAAGGAAACAGCCCCAUUGUGAAGAAAGAAUUUCCAUUUUUCAGACUUUCAUUUCAUUUUCUGUGGUGGUUGAAAACGGAGAGACCCAUAGUUCAUACGCGGUAGCCUAAGUAAUAAAAUAAUAGUUUAAAAAACUAAAAACAACACGCUUAUGAACUAAAAAGUGAAAAAUAAUCUUUGGAUGAUAGUAGUUGACCAAUCACUUAAUUUUAAUGUAACACAAAAAAGCGUGGGGUGCUGUCUAUUUACAUUUUUGCUUGGACAACAAAUGAAAGAAAUUCAAGACAACUGAUAAGAAGCCCCCCACGCUUUUUGUAUUACAUUAAAAUUAAGUGAUUGAUCAACUACUAUCAUCCAAAGAUUAUUUUUCACUUUUUAGUUCAUAAGCGUGUUGUUUUUAGUUUUUUAAACUAUUAUUUUAUUUUUCUGUUUUUUAGUCUUAUAUUGUUAUCAGGCGACGAAAUUAUUUAUAAAACGAGUGCGAGGUAAUAUCUUAAAGUUAAGACAAGGGCACCCCGAUGGGAAGCUACUGUGAGUCAUCGAAGUAUGUUUGAGGAAAUCAUAUUUAUAAUACUUUGAAAAUUUGAGAUGCAUUUGAAUAAAAGUUUUCUUCAACAAUGGUCUGAUCAGCAAUGAAUUUCCAAUUGAAGGCUCACCUAAAUUUUGGCAUGAAAUUAAAUAAAGACAAUUGUAUUUCAUAUUCUAAUUACCUUGGAACAUUGGAACAAAUUUUGUCUGAUGUAGAAAAAUUAAAGGUUUUUGUAGAUAUUUUUAAAUAAUUUUUGCGAGCAUUUUUUAAUUUAUUUUUUUAAUUUUUUCCUUUUUCACAUUGUUGGAUUUAUGCCAAAAUAUUGAUUAAAAUUGGAGGAAACUAACAAUUAAAAUAGUUAAUUAAUUAAUUUGAUUACAGAAUAUUGCAUUGUCAUCGGGUCUGAGGUCGCGUGCCAAAUUUCAAAAGAAUCCGAUCGCAGGAAGUUGGGGGAAAUUUGAGCUGCAAGAUUCCGUUACAAGAUACAUACAUACAUACAUACAUACAUACAGGUGAAGCUAAUAAAAGCGUGUUAAAAAAGAUAUUAUGAAUACAGGAAUUAAAAUAUUUAUUAUCAAAACCAGCUCAACCCAUUAUUAAAAUUUUGACAGGAGAGACGGAAAAACGCUUCACGCUCUACUUGCUUCAUUGUUCCUGAUUUAUAUAGGAGCCUUAACACAAACGGAGAUGGUUUGAGGCAAGAGGUAUGACGUCAUAUCGAAGAGGAAGACUACCGAUUUUUUCUGGAAUACGGCCCCGGCGCUAGUGCUUUAAUUGUUUUUUUUUUCUUUAAAGAAAUGAUUACCACUAAAAUAAACAAAGAACGCAGAUGAACUAUAAUAGCAUUUACCAUUAGUAUGGUUAAGUUUAACAUAACAUAAACGGAGAUAAUUAUUUAUUUUAAAAAAUCCUCGAAUUUCUUGUAUUUUUUCCUCGUAGAGGUUUUUAAAAUUUUCUGCAAAAUAAUUGUUGCGAGAUUAUCUCUAUUUCUAAGCAGAUUCUGAAGUAGAGAGAUUUAUUGAGUGUAAGAAAAACUUCCUACCCGUGAUUGUCUACUUUUGUUUUUACAAAAUGUUUAUUUAAAUGAUGUUUUAAUCAUAUAAUUUAUUUACAUGUAAAAGUGUGUUUUAGUGAAAUAAAAUGCAUUAUUUUAUAACAC